GGGGCACGAGGCCUCUUGGCAGACAUGUAGGUUAGGGAACCAGAAUAGAGCAAUGACCUUUGUUAUAAAGUAGAAACAUUUAAUAAAGUACUAAAACACUUAAUAAGACUAUAAACACUAUUGCAUGGCGCAGUCUAGUGGAAAAUAAACCAAAAUCAUAGAAGCGAGGUUACCAAAUACAUUGUCAUUUGAAGGAAAUGUGGCCGAAAAUUUUAAAAGAUUCAGACAAAGUUUUGAAAUAUAUCUGAUGGCCUCUGGAAAAAGUGGUAAAAGUGAUGACGUUAAGGUAGCAAUUUUACUCAAUCUAAUUGGAGAAGAAGGCAUUGAAAUUUAUAACACUUUGGAAUUAACAGAGGCCCAAAAAGGCAAGCUAGCAGAUGUAUUGGAAGCAUUUGAAUCUUAUGUCACACCUAAAAAAACGUGGUCUAUGAAAGAUAUUUAUUUUACAACCGCAUUCAAGAAGAAAAGGAGACUUUAUACCACUUUUCAGCAGAUUUAAAAAACAAAGUAAAAAAUUGUGAGUUUGGAGCCGAAGCAUCUUCAAUGGUAAGAGAUAGAAUAGUAUUAGGCACUAAUAGUAAGGAUGCAGAACAAAACAUGUUAAAGACCAUUAAUUUAGAUCUGGCUAAAGCUAUUGAAAUAUGUAAAAUGCAUGAAAUAUCCCAAGCUCAAAUAAAAGAAGUUCAUAACAGCUUGGAGAAGGUUAAAAUUGAAUCAUUGGGAUGUAAAGCUAAGCAGGGGCAAAGUUUAAUCCAAACAUUCAGGAGUGCAAAUUCUAGAGAUGAAUUUAGCUUCAGAAACUGUGGGAGAGUCCAUGGGCCAAGGAGGUGUCCAGCAUAUGGAAAAAAGUGCAGAAAGUGCGGUAAAAAUAACCAUUUCGAUAAAGUGUGUUAUCAUAGCAGGUUAGUGAGAGAGGUACAAGUGGAAGAAAGUAAAAAUAACGAGACUUUAAAGACGGAUUCUAUCUCGUUCAGCUAGAUGAGGAGUCCAGUAGAGCUUGUGCAUUUGGAAUUCCCUUUGGAAUUUGGAAAUUUGAUAGACUUCCAAUUGGACUAAAUAUUGCCCCCGAAUUUUUUCAAAGAAUUAACUUAGAGAAUUUUGGUGAUAUUGAGGGCUCUCUUGUAUAUUUUGAUGAUCUUUUGAUAUUUGCUGAUAGUCUUGAAGAACAUGAUAAAAUCCAUAAUAAAGUAUUGGAACGAGCCAGAAAUAUUGGGGUAAAAUUUGAUUCUAAUAAGAUACAAUAUAGAAUGUCUGUAGUAAAAACAAGAAUCUACAGGUCGAGCAAGUCUCGUAAAUUUCACGAUUGCGAGCCACGCUUCACGCAACCGUGUUUGCGUACUUGUGUUUCGAGUUGCGUGGUCGUGCAGAGUUAUAUUUACCAAUUCGCGCAAUCGUACUUGAGACGCUGUGUCAGGUGAGGUGUUUGAAAAUUUGUAACUUGAUUGCUUGAUUCUGUGGUGUGAAGGUGGUUAAACUUUUGUUUUAUUUUUUUUUGUUUUGUUUGUUUUUGUUGUUGCGAAUAUAUCGCAAAAAGUUUUUAGAUGAAGUAAUUGUAUGAUGAAGAUAACACAGAAAAUACAAGAGGGCAGCAUACUUUGCAAAACAACUGUUACAAUUUGAAAUCAACAAUUUGUUAAGUUGUUGUCUUGCAGAGGAAUAUUUAUAAUCAAUGCUUGCAGGUAAAAAAAGUGACUUUUUAAAAAAUUAUAUCUUGGAAACUAAAAAUUAUUU